GUGGAUGUGCCUUUAAAUAACCCGGAAGAAGAAAUCCCUUCUCUAAACCGGAUAUUACCGUGACAGCGGGGUCAGAAGUUCUCUCUUACAGCCAUCUUGGAUAUAGCGUCCCGAGUCGCAACCAUGCCUGGUGAAGCCACAGAAACGGUCCCAGUCACCGAGCAGGAGAUGCAGCCGCCUCAAGUGGAGACUGUGAGCAAGGCAGUCCCUCUGGAGAAUCCUCCAGAAACCUCUGAUCCUGGUGAUCAACCAAAUGGUGUAGCUGCAACUCAAGAAGUUACCAAGCAAACUGAAGAGAUUGGGUCGGUAGCAACACCUGUCUCACAGCAAGAGGCGACUGCUGACCAAGCAGUGGCUUCAGCUGAUUUGCCAGUUCAUGAAGAGUCUGUGCCUUGUGCUGAGACUACCAUUGCUUCCUCAGAAGGGCCACUCGUGGAUAAAUCUCCAGCUAAAGAGGCACAAAGUCAGGAGGCAGUUGUUACUGAAGAAGCCGGCAAAGAGGUUGAGCAGAUUCCCGUGGAAGCAAAAGCAUCUAGAGAUGAGCCCGGUGCAGUUGCAGAAAACAUUCCACAAGAUCCAAAGCCAUGUGCUCCUGAAGAUGUCUGUGUAAACGGUAAAGAUGAGAAGGCAAAGGCUGUGGUAGAAGACCAGGGGAUUCUUUGCCUGGAGGCAGCUCAAGAUGUAGUAUUGCCUGGUGAUACGAAUGUUGACGUGGCUACCCAAAAUGAAAAUCCUGACAAGGAAGAACCUGUAAAGCUUCUCUCAAAGGCCAUUCAGUCUAAGGGGACCUCCAAAUGUGAAGGCCCACCUCUUUCCACUCGCCACCUGUCAGGAUCCGGCACGGAGUCGGACAGUGAUGACUCAGUCCCUGAGCUGGAAGAACAGGAUUCUGCACAGUCACAGACACAGCAGGCUCAGCUUGCAGCAGCUGCUGAAAUAGAUGAAGAACCUGUCAGCAAAGCCAAACAGAGCCGCAGUGAAAAGAAAGCACGAAAGGCGAUGUCAAAGCUGGGUCUCAGGCAGGUAACUGGGGUCACCAGGGUCACCAUUCGCAAGUCAAAGAACAUCCUGUUUGUCAUUACCAAACCAGACGUCUACAAGAGCCCCGCAUCAGACACAUACAUCGUCUUCGGUGAAGCUAAGAUUGAAGAUCUUUCCCAGCAAGCCCAGCUGGCUGCUGCAGAAAAAUUCAAGGUACAGGGAGAAGCUGUAUCAAACAUCCAGGAAAACACACAGACGCCAACAGUACAGGAGGAGAGCGAAGAAGAAGAGGUUGAUGAGACCGGAGUUGAGGUCAAGGACAUUGAACUCGUCAUGUCACAAGCCAACGUGUCACGGGCGAAGGCUGUACGCGCCCUGAAAAACAACAACAAUGACAUUGUCAAUGCUAUUAUGGAGUUGACAAUGUAAUGGGACCCUGGAAACAAAGGGUUGAAGAAAGGUUGCUGAUUUAAUCUAAGCUCGUUUAUACAAUUUAUACCCAAGAUGGAAAUAAAGUUGUGGCUUGAUAAAAUGAA